AUAGCUCAGGAGCAGUGUUGUUCGGCUGUAGUAGGGGACACAUUGUGUACCAGCGGCAUCAACCUGGCCAAAGAACAGGGGGCCUGUGUGGUGCCUUUUACCCAUGUGGACCCCUGUGAAACAAAGACUACCAAGGUGUGUGACUGUGUAUUGGAACUCUCUCUCAAUCACCUUCCUCCUCGUUUACUUACUGUAGCUCCUCUCCAACAUCUACCAAUACAGCUUUUUCUUCCAUCCUCACUCACUUGUCUCUGACUCUACCCUCUCUUAAGGAGCGACUGAACGCACCGAUUGAUCAUGUUUUUCUGUUGCUCAUUAAGAAAAAUGUGAUUUCAAUCUUGGGGGUGUGAUUCGAUGUGGCAGCUACUGAUGUUUGUCCCCAUGAAACACCAUAGGAACAAAGCCAGUGUCAAAGCCAGUGUCUGACAUAGAAUGAAUCUAUGUCAUUUUGGCCACUGGCCUGGUGCGAAGAGCAGGAACGGGCCGGGCCAGACUGGCGACGCGCACCACUGGCUUGGUGCGGGGAGCAGGCACGGGCCGUACCGGACUGGGAACACGCACCACUAGCUUGGUGCGAGGAGCAGGAACGGGCCGGGCCGGACUGGCGACGCGCACCACUGGCUUGGUGCGAGGAGCAGGAAUGGGCCGGGCCGGACUGGCGAUGCGCACCACUGGCUUGGUGCGAGGAGCAGGAACGGGCCGGGCCGGACUGGUGACGCGCACCACUGGCUUGGUGCGAGGAGCAGGAACGGGCCGGACUGGCGACGCGCACCACUGGCUUGGUGCGAGGAGCAGGAACGGGCCGGGCCGGACUGGCGACGUGCACCACUGGCUUGGUGCGAGGAGCAGGAACAGGCCGGGCCGGACUGGGAACACGCACCAAUGGCUUGGUGCGAGGAGCAGGAACGGGCCGGGCCGGACUGGCGACACGCACCACAGGCUUGGUGCAAGGGGCAGGAACAGGCCGGGCCGGACUGGCGACGCGCACCACAGGCUUGGUGCGAGGAGCAGGAUCAGGCCGGGCCGGACUGGGAACACGCACCAAUGGCUUGGUGCGAGGAGCAGGAACGGGCCGGGCCGGACUGGGAACACGCACCAAUGGCUUGGUGCGAGGAGCAGGAACGGGCCGGGCCGGACUGGUGACACGCACCACUGUCUUGGUGCGAGGAACAGGAACAGGCCGGGCCGGACUGGCGACGCGCACCACUGGCUUGGUGCGAGGAGCAGGAACAGGCCGGGCCGGGCCGGACUGGCGACGCGCACCACAGGCUUGGUGCAAGGGGCAGGAACAGGCCGGGCCGGACUGGCGACGCGCACCACAGGCUUGGUGCGAGGAGCAAGAACAGGCCGGGCCGGACUGGAGACACGCACCACAGGUCUGGUGCGAGGAGCAGGAACAGGCCGGGCCGGACUGGCGACGCACACCACUGGCUUGGUGCGAGGAGCAGGAACAGGCCGGGCCGGACCGGACUGGCGACGCGCACCACAGGCUUGGUGCAAGGGGCAGGAACAGGCCGGGCUGGACUGGCGACGCGCACCACAGACUUGGUGCGAGGAGCAAGAACGGGCCGGGCCGGACUGGAGACACGCACCACAGGUCUGGUGCGAGGAGCAGGAACGGGCCGGGCCGGGAACACGCACCACUGGCUUGGUGCGAGGAGCAGGACUGGGUACCUUUAUUAACCCCCGCUCCUUAUGCUGUCUAACCAGCUCCUCUCGCCGUGCCUCUACUUCCUCCUUCUCCCUACGUGCCUCCUGCAGUGCCUCCUCCUGAAUGGCUCUCUUCCGCUCUAUACUAUCUAACAGCCCCCGUAAUAUGGUGGCCUCCUCUCUUACCCGGCACUCCUCCUCCCGUGAGGACUCCUCCGGAAGCCCCCACGAGUUAGGGAACAGAAACUCGUCGUCGUCGUCGUCCUCCGACUCCUCAGUAUAAUACUGUUCCCACUCCUCUUCCCAUGGUCGUAGGGACCCAAUCUGGAAACCAACCAGGUGCAGUGGUCGGGGCUCUUCUCUCUCGCUCCCCGACCACCCCUUUAGCCCCCCCAAAAUGUUUUAUUGGGGCUGCUUCUCGGGCUUCCUCCUCGGCCGGCUUCCGUGUUGCCGUUGCUCCUCUCCUGCCUGGGCUUCCUUCGUCGCCCAGGGUCCUUCUCCUGCAAAUAUCUCCUCCCAUGACCAAAUCUUCCCCACAUGUGUCCAGGGUGUACGGUCCUCCUGGGCACGCUGCUUGGUCCGUGUUUGGUGGGAUCUUCUGUCACGUUCGUUCAAGGAUGGGUCAGACCAAGGCGCAGCGUGAUAUGCGUACAUGUUUAUUUAACUUAUAAACAUUUACAUUUACAUUUAUAUUUACAUUACAUGACAAAACAACAAACGAAACGAAACGUAAAGUCCAAAGGUUGAACAAACAACAAACCUUACACGGAACAAGAUCCCACCACUAAACAGUGCCAAUCGGCUGCCUAAGUAUGAUCCCCAAUCAGAGACAACGAGCGACAGCUGCCUCUGAUUGGGAACCACACCGGCCAACAUAGAUCUAUACAUACUAGAUACCCCACAUAGAAUAUACACAACAAAGAAUAUACACACCCUGACUCAACAUAUACGAGUCCCCUGAGUCAGGGCGUGACAGGCAUUGUCGAAAUCCAACCCCAACCCUUAAGUAAGUCCUGACAAUCUCUUGUACUCAAAUCUCACAAAACGCAGUUUUGGAAGAUACUGACUUUAUGACCAAAAUUAACCUACUUGCACUUUUGAGUCAAUUUUGGCACUGGAAUAAAUGUUUCUGACUGAUAUCGAUGUCAUGUGCCGUUUUCACUGUUUCAUCUCCCCCUCUCAGAUGUGUUGUGACUGCUGUCUGCUGGGCCUGAUGUCUGCUAGCAGUGGUAAUGGCUGUGAGCUGGCCCUAGACCUGGGAAAGCAGUGUCAGGAGACAGCCCAGGCCUGCUGUAGUUGGGUACGACCAGAGCACAACAAGCCUGCUGCUGGGGCUCAAGGUAACCUAGUGCUACAGCAGUGCUUACCAAAUGGUGCUCCAGAACCCCAUGUGGCACAGUCCUAAAUGGUAGGCCAGAAUGACCCAUGUGGCUGUGUCCAAAUGUUGUCCCAGACAAAAAAACUGUUUAUGAACCAUUAGUCUGACAGACUGUUACCUGCCAGCGCAAACAAUAUGUGGUUCUGUGUCCGAGAUUAGGGAAGCACUGACCCGGACAUUGUAGAGUAAACCAAGUCAAUCAAUCAACCAAGCAAAGCUCCCAUAUAAGGUUAUUGUUGAUUGAUAAGAUUGAAAUAGAGUAACACGUAACAGAGUUUUGUGACGAAAGGAUCGCCUCCCAGUAAACCCCUUGUGAAGUUCAAUGAGAGAAGAUCGGUAAUAGAGGCGGCAUUUGUUGGAUUGAACGUCCCACGGGAAAUCGAGUUGUGUACGUUGUUCGCAUGAGGUUUCUUGAUUGGUGAAGCGUGUAGAGUUGAUUCAUAGUUCGGGGAAUGGGAAAUGGCGGCGAGUAGUGCGGACGAAAUGGAGGAAAUGGAGAAAACGUUGGUGAAGCAACAGCUGUGCUGGAAUGCGAACAAUAUGGGUGUCAGUUCUGAUGGUAUGGAGCGGGAGGAUGAGGGUCAAGGACCGGAAUGGUCGGUAGUGGAAAGUCAUAGGAAGAAGAGAGAUCAUGAUACAGAAAGCAGUGGAGCGUCUAGUAAAGAAAGCGUAAAGAGGGCCAAGGUAGGAAGCAAGAGGAAUGUGUUGGAGUGGAAAGUGGUGAUAGUGUUUGAUGAGACACCAGGGCCUCAAUUAUACCCUAUCCGACUAACUAAUACCGUAGAGAAAGAGGUAGGUGAAGUGAAAUUAGCUCGGUUCAUUGGAAAUGGUAGAUUGUUAAUAUUGUGUGGUAGCCAGGCUCAGCAAGAGAAGAUUUUGAAAAUGGAAAAGCUUAAUGGGAAGAAGAUUAAAAGCCAUGUCCCUGGUGCGUAUGCUAGAUUGAAGUUGGAGUCAUUGGAGUCAUCACUGGGGUCCCAAUAUCUAUAUCAACAGAUGAUAUUAAAGAAAAUGUGAAGGGAGGCAGAGUGAUUGAGGCCAAAAGGGAAAGAGGGUCAAAGAAGUGAAAGCUUAUCAGUGAUGCUGAGGUUUGAGAAAGUCUUGCUGGGAAGACUACAGGUAGGAUUCCUUAGUUUCAAUGUUUGAGAAUUUGUCCCAUAUGCACUGCAAUGUUUUAAAUGCCAAAGAAUGGGACAUGCAGCUGCUCAGUGUAAAGGAAAUAAAAGAUGUGCCAAGUGUGGAGGGGCACAUGAUUACAGUGAAUGUGGAAGCAAUGUGAAGGUUAAGUACUGUAAUUGCGGGGAAGAACACAGUGCAGCAUUUAGUGGAUGUCAGGUUCAGAGAGAGGCUAGAGAGGCUCAGAGAUAUAGGAUCAGUCAUGAUGUAUCGUAUGUAGAGGCCGUAAAACAGAUUGGUAGAACUACAGUAAGUGGACCUACUUAAGUGGACCUAAUGUCGGGGCUGGUGCUUCUGAUGGUCCUGGCAUGGUUUCGAGGCCUGUUCAGAAAUCUUGUGCUCAUGAAUGUGCGGUGUCAAAGGACACUUUGAUAAUGAAUAAAGUUGACUUCAUAGCUUUUAUUGGUAAGGUUAUCAAUACGACUUGGGUUGUGGAAAGCAGAAAUGCCAGGUUGAAGGUUAUUGUGGAGACGGCAAAAUAGAUAUUGGGGGUAACAGAUGUUACUGUUGAAAUGGUUGUUGACAUGCUGAACAAUCCUAAGGGUGGAGUGUUUCAGCAUGAUAUAGAUCAAGUUUAAUGGGGUUGGGGAGGGGGUUUUGGGGGAGAGGGGAGGGUGUGAUAGAAGUUAGGGAUUUAUUUGGUUUUGAAUUGUAUUUUCAUGUUAGUACAGAAUUGGGCAGAUCAUGAUUGAUCGUACAUUCCAGCACAGUAGGUGGCGGCAUGCACUUAAACGAUUGUUUGCGGACCACCAUGAUAUCAUAGAAGAAGAAGAAUAAGAGUUCAGUCUGUCUUAUUGUGCCACCAUGUACUAAGGCUAGCUGUAACAGUGUGAUUUCUUUUGAAUCUUGAAAGUGAAAAAAAUUGUUUUCUUCCACAGCCCAGACUGAAGUGAACCCUUCACCUAGUGUUCCACUGAAGUCACCGGCUAAGGGCCCAUGCAAAGGUCAGGCACCUCUGAUUCAGUUAUUUAUGUAUAUUUGUGCCUGUUUAUUUUCUGUUACAGUUCUGCCAAGCAUACAAUACGAUAUACUCUAUUGACUAUUUGCAUGGACAAUUUAAUGCAUUUCUUUACAAUGAAAACACUUAAAAAUGCUAUGUGGAGAACAGAAAAAACAAGCAAAAAUUAACUCAGUCAUUAUCACCUUGGCUGCUAUAGGUUCAUUCACCUCAGUCGAUCUACAAAUAUCUAGCCUAUUAACUAUACAAUUGUAAUGUUAUACCCUGGAAAGGGGAGAAAUAUGAGAAAGGAUUCACACUGACACGUAGCAUCAGCGACUGUUCAGUCAGUUGUAAUGAUGAAUUGCAUAAAAUCAUCAUCGCUUUACAUAGAUAUCUCUUUUCUCAAAUUACAUAGCGUUCACGCUUGUAUUCCUAGGCAUUACUAAUCAAGCUCCGCACAAACACACAUAAAUGGAGCACACACAUGAUCGUAUUAUCACAUUCACAUGAAUUAUUUGAAUAUUACUUACGAUUCUGUAUUAAUAUCAGUGAUGGAAAAAAAUAAACUCCAGUGGGCGAUCGACAUAAGACGAACAACAAAUGUAUUGUUUGCAUUUUGUUGCACCCCAUGUGGGGUCCCGUAGAAAAUCUGUACUAAUCCCCACAUGGGGCCCCGUUGCCCGACCCCAAGUUUGGAACUACUUUACUAACCUCUCUAUCUGCUUGCGUCCUCUCUUUCUCCGUCUCCUCUGUUUCCUCCUGCAUGCAUUGCAGCCUGCCUUAGCCUCACCUCUGAGCGCCACAUCAGUGUCUGUCUCAGUAGCCUACUCUCUGUAAAGCAAAGUUAUUAUGAGAACUUUGUAGCUUAUUUUUUGUUCCUGCUGAGGCAGGCUUUGUUUAACUUUAGCUUCUUAGUUCAUCCUUCUUGCUGACUAAGUAAUACUAGCCUGAGCCCUUCAAUGUUACUGCAAUAGACGACAAUAGCUACCUGUCUGACAUAUCUAUAAGCGACUAUUUACCAGUUGUGUACUCCUUCUCCGAGAGUCGGUUUUUAUUUGUUUGGGGGAUGUCUGUAGACAUGGCAAUAUUGCCUUUUGUCCAGCAUCUCGUAAACACACUGUCAGCAGCGUCUCUAUUGCCUACUUGAGCCGACUCUGAGCUGGGGUAGUUUGUUUCACGUCUCAGGCCCUCGGCCUGUGCCGCGAGAGGGCGGAGUUAGCCGUUCAAGAGAGUGGUGAAUGUGCCCCUUGCACUCCCCUUGGAUUGCAGCCCACAGAGCUUGGACCCCAGGAUCAUAUCCUCACCUCCUGAGGAUGCCCUUGUUAGAGACUGACAGCUCCCCGUACCAGGCUAGGAAAUUGAAAGUCAGCACAUUCUCUAUAUGGCAGGUGUAGUAGUUGGAGAGUAUCCGGGUGUUGAUAUUCAGUUAUCUCUCUGUAGCUCAAUUGGUAGAGCAUGGCGCUUGAACAGGCCAGGGUAGUGGGUUCGAUCCCCGGGACCACCCAUACGUAAAAAUGUAUGCACACAUGACUGUAAGUCGUUUUGAUUAAAAGCGUCUGCUAAAUGGCAUAUUAUUAUUAUUAUUAUCUCAGUCAGGGCAGGAGGGUAUUUUCAGGACUGGAGAGUAGAGUUGGUAGUGUAGUAAUGUGUGAUAACUGAUGACAUAACAACUGAACUAACAUGUACGUGUGUGUGUGUGUGGUUGUGUGUGUGUUUAGUAGGAUCCACCUAGUGUUCACAUCUGUGUGUGGGCAAAGGCACAUGUGCUUGCUUCGAUGGCUACAAACUCAAACCAGACCAACACAAAUGUGAGGGUGAGUAUGUAGACCUAUGCAAAAAAGGUACAUCCCUAAACAUAUAGAACAGGUGACUCAUCAUAGGCUAGAAUACACUCAAGCAAUCAGACAUGCACAUUAGUGGUUUGUUCACCCACACCCGCCCGCAAUUGCUAAUAACCCUUCCUCAACUGCCCAACUGAAUGUGAUAAAGUGAAAAUCUGAGGCCAGGGGUGCAAUAUUUUUUUUGUUAACUGAUUUAGAUAUUUUUAUGCGUACAAUUUCCAAUAUUUUGGUAGGCUAUUUGUUAGUCAACUUGUCUAUAAUUAGAUACAUGCAGCUUCUCUUCUGCCAUUAUAUGUUGCCCUAGAAGACUAUAUAAACCGUUGCUCACCAGAAUAAUGUAAUAAAUCGAUAGAAUGAACGCUUCAAUGUAAUUGACAUUGGUAAAGUUUCUCUGUCAUCUCGGUUUCUUUCGUGGAGCAAAGACAUUUAGGGACCGGGGAGAAAAUGCAAUAACAAAAAUUGUCUGUAAAAACUUUCCAGAAAUCAGUUUGACCGGUUGUAAGGAAAUAGAAAGCUGUGAAAACUACUAAACAUGUUUCUGAUAAGAUUUCAGUUCGGCUUAGAUGUAUAUUUUAUGUGGUUGAAAUACUAUCAGCUUUUAUGAUGCUGAUAAAGAUAGCACUUCUACAGAAGGUAUGUAACUGCACAUUCACAUUCUCUCAAGAUGCUGAAAUAAAUCAAUCAUAUUUCUCCACUCAAAAGUUUGCCUACAUUUGGUGUACACUAUUUAUACAAAAGUAUGUGGACACCCCUUCAAAUUAGUGGAUUUGUCUAUUUCAGCCACACCCGUUGCUGACAGGUGUAUAAAAUCGAGCACACAGCCAUGCAAUCUCCAUAGACAAACAUUGGCAGUAGAAUGGCCUUACUGAAGAGCUCAGCGACUUUUAACGUGGCACCGUCAUAGGAUGCCUCCUUUCCAACAAGUCAGUUUGAGCUGCCCCGGUCAAAUGUAAGUGCUGUUAUUGUGAAGUGGAAAUGUCUAAGAGCAACAGCGGCUCAGCCGCAAAGUGGUAGGCCACACAAGCUCACAGAACGGGACCGCCGAGUGCUCAAGCGCAUAGCGUGUAAAAAUCAUCUGUCCUCGGUUGCAACACUCACUACCGAGUUCCAAACUGCCACUGGAAGAAACGUCAGCACAAGAACUGUUAGUCGGGAGCUUCAUGAAAUGGAUUUCCAUGGCCGAGCAGCCGCACACAAGCCUAAAAUCACCAUGCGCAAUGCCAAGCGUUAGGCUGGAGUGGUGUAAAGAUCGCCGCCAUUGGACUCUGGAGCAGUGGAAACACGUUCUCUGGAGUGAUGAAUCAUGCUUCUCCAUCUGGCAGUCCAAUGGACGAAUCUGGGUUUGGCGGAUGACAGGAGAAUGCUACCUGCCCCAAUGCAUAGUGCCAACUGUAAAGUUUGCUGGAGGAAGAAUAAUGGUCUGGGGCUGUUUUUCAUGGUUCGGGCUAGGUCCCUUAGUUCCAGUGAAGGGAAGUCUUAACGCUACAGCAUACAAUGACAUUCUAGCCGAAUCUGUGCUUCCAACUUUGUGGCAACAUGGGGAAGGCCUUUUCCUGUUUCAGCAUGACAAUGCCCCCGUGCACAAAGCGAGGUCCAUACAGAAAUGGUUUGUCGAGAUCGGUGUGGAAGAACUUGACUGGCCUGCAUAGAGCCCUGACUUCAACCCCAUCGAACACCUUUGGGAUGAAUUGGAAGGCCAACUGCGAGCCAGGCCUAAUCGCUGAAUGGAAGCAAGUCCCCGCAGCAAUGUUCCAACAUCUAGUGGAAAGCUUUACCAGAAGAGUGGAGGCUGUUAAAGCAGCAAAGGGGUGACCAACUCCAUAUUACUGGCCAUGAUUGUGGAAUGAGAUGUUCGACAAGCAGGUGUCCACAUACUUUUGGUCAUGUAGUGUAUACUUUUUCUGCAAGAAAUGCUUAAUUCUGCAGGAGAUAAUAUUAAGGCUAUGUGAGAGGUUAUAGACCUACAGUCAGUUUCCAGAUUUCAGUUUCCAUUUAACACCACAGGCGUAUUUGAAGUCCCCGUCUUGUGACUGUGGAAUUUGUAUAGCGCCUCACAAUCAUCACAUAACAUAGGCACUGCUAUCAUCCUCUUUUACCACUUCCACCAAAUCUUUCCAAAACAUUACUUUUCUGGCCCUCCCUUCUCUAUAUUUUCAACUCUUCAUUUCGCAGCUUGUCUCUUAAUGAAUUAAACUCAGAAGUUGUCCUUUUGGCCUCUGUGGAUUGACAUUAACAUUUUCUGCAUGUUCCCAAAAGCAUUUGAUUAUUGGCGUGUAGGCUAUUUAGCGAGCACACAGUUAUAGGCCCUAAAUAUUAGGCUUGCGCAGUAAUGCCAGAUUGCCUAAAAUAAUGAAAGAAAAACCUCAAUGUAGCCUAUAGAUAUAAAUUGCACAAGAAUUAUACAUUUAUGGAUUUUUUAAGGGAUUGCUUUCUCUUUAUUCAACCCGCCCGCCACCCACCCACACGCCCUUCAUCCACACAAUAUUUCAUGACCCUAAACCCACCCGCCCCGCAGAUAUAACCACGGGGACUGUUGACAACCCACACAUCACUAAUGUACCAGGACAACAUGAUAUAAUAGGAAAACGUCAUCCUGUCACGUUUUUGCAAAAUGUUAUGCCUCAACCAAUUGAUACUUAUGCCAAUAAAUCGCAGUCAAUGGGAAAAGAUGAGUGUCAACCAAUUGACGCUUAUGUUAAUACAUUGCAUUCAAUGUAAAUGAUGAGUGUCACAAGGUUGAUGCUUAUGUCAGUACAUUACAGUCAAUGGGAAAAGAUAGGUGUCAACCAAUUGAAGCCUAUGUCAAUACAUUGCAUUCAAUGGCAAAAUAUGAGUGUCAAAGGGUUUAUGCUAAUGUCAAUGCAUGGCUGUCAAAACAUCGCAGUCAGUGGGGAAAAUAUGAAUGUCAACCGAUUGAAGCUUAUGCCAAUAUAUUCCAGUCAAUGGAAAAUAUGAAAAGAUGAGACUCACAGACAGACAGACAUCUCUCCCUCCCUCCUCUCUCCUUCUCUUUGCCCCCCUCUGUCUCUGUCUCUUUCUCUCAUCCUCAUCUUUCUCCCCCUUUUUUCUUCUCUCUCCCUCUCCCCUCUCUUCUAUUUCUCUCUCUCCCCCUCCCUCCUUCACCCUCUCCCUCUCUCUCUCCCACGUCUGCCUGUCUAUUGACUCUCCCUCCCUCCCUCCCUCCCUCCCUCCCUCCCUCCCUCCCUCCCUCCCUCCCUCCCUCCCUCCCUCCAUCCUUCACCUUCUCCCUUUCUCCCUUUCUCUCUCCCCCUUCCUCACUCUCCCCCUUCUCUCUCUCCCUCUUCUCUCACUCCCUCCUCCCGGACAGGGAGGCAGAAAGACAGACAGGCAGACAGACAGACGCAGGCAGGCAGGCAAACAGACAGGUAGGUAGACAGACAAGACACACAGACAGAAACACAGGCAGACAGACAAACACAGACAGGCAGACAGACAGACCGGCAGACAGACAUGCAGACUCUCUCUCCCCUCCCUCCUCUCUCUCCCCCCUCCCUCUUUCACCCACUCCCUUUCUCUCCCCCUCCCUCACUCUCCCCCUUCUCUCGCCCUCAUUCUUUCUCUCCCUCCCCUCUUCUCAUCUCUCUCUCCCUCUCCCUCCUCUCUCUCCCAUCUCCACAGACAGGAUAUUGACUCAGAAAUAUGUGUCAAGGACAUUGACGCACAAGUCAAUACAUUGCAUUCAAGGCAAAGACAUUUGUGAUACAGCUGCAGUGGGUAAAUUGGUGAAAAACUCAGACAGGCAAACAGACAUGCAGACAGACAGACCGGCAGACAGACAGGCAGAUGCAGACAGACAGACACAGGUAGGCAGAAAGACACACAGACACACAGACAGACAGGCAAAAAGACAGACACAUAAAGUCAACCUAAAAACAUUUGACCAAUAUCCUCUUCAGAAUUCAUUCUAACAAGGCUCUUAGCUUCUAGAACUGCAAGAUUAUUGUGUCCAAUGGAGGUCAAAAAAUGCUUUGGGUCGAUUGACUUCAAAUUUCAUAUGUCGGGUCAUGAUGGUCCCUGGUCACAAAUCUGUAAAAUUUGGAAGGAUUCAAACUUUUUAACCUUUAGAAACCACCCCUAUGACUCCCAAUUAAGUCACUUCCUGUAAUCGCAGGAAGCUGUACUUCAAUGUACUGCCUCUUGGGGACACUCUUUAACAAUGCCCAAGUCUUUACGUAAACAAUUGACCAUUCUACAGAGGAUGGAAGACAGUGUUUUUGUGUAACUGCACGGAAAGAAUGAAGCACCAUGUUGAGGAUUAAUUAAGCCAUUUCCUGUUGCCAGAGUAAGCUGAACCUCAACACAGGGGCAUCCCUGUAAGGUCACACUAACUGUAAGUCGCUCUGGAUAACAGCGUCUGCUAAAUUACUAAAAUGUAAAAUGUAAAAUGUCACGACUAGUGUGUCAUGGUUAUGUGAGGGCUGUAGGUAAUGCUUUUCUAUUGAAGAAAUGCCUUGUUCACAGUGGGACCAACUUUUCACAGUGAAGAGUUAAUUUCACAUGGUGAGAUGUAGGCUUGUGUUCAUCGGAAGUGUCUGUUGAGCAAUCCCAUACCUGUAUUUUGUUUAUAGCCUCAACUGUUCUGCAGAUGUCACUCAAAAGCACAGUAACUCUAUGUCAUGCUUCAAAUUAGGCAAUGUUUAGUUUAGUUUAUUAGGAUCCCCAUUAGCUACUGCACAUGCAGCAGCUACUCUUCCUGGGGUCCACAUGAAACGUAAAAAUACAUGACAACGCACAGAACAGGUAUAGACAAGGACAUUACAUAAAUAAAAUAACAUAAACAUGUAAUAAUAAAAUAAGAGUUAUACACUGAGUAUACAAAACGUUAAGAACACCUGCUUUUUCCAUGACAUAGAUUGACCAGGUGAAUCCAGGUGAAAGCUACGAUCCCUUAUUGAUUUAAUUUGUUAAAUCCACUUCAAUAGUGUAGAUGAAGGGGAGGAGACAGGUUAAAGAAGGAAGCCUUGAGACAAUUGAGACAUGGAUUUUGUAUGUGUGCCAUUCAGAGGGUGAAUGGGCAAGACAAAAGAUUGAAGUGCCUUUGAACAGGGUAUGGUAGUACGUGCCAGGCGCACUGGUUUAUGUCAAGAACUGCAGCGCUGCUGGGUUUUUCACACUCAACAGUUUCCCGUGUGUAUCAAGAAUCAAGAAAACCACCCAAAGGACAUCCAGCCAUCUUGACACAACUUUGGGAAGCAUUGGAGUCAACAUGGGCCAGCAUCCCUGUGGAACACUUUCGACACUUUGAAAAGUCCAUGUCCCGACGAAUUGAGGCUGUUCUGAGGGCAAAAGGGUGGGGGGUGAAACUCAAUAUUAGGAAGGUGUUCCUAAUGUUUGGUAUACAUUAUAUUGGAAAGACACCAAGAGACAAAAAAAUACUAUCUACACACUAUUCAUAUAUACAUAUUCAUAUUCUUACUGUAUAUACAGUUGAAUUAGAUCUUUAGAAGGAGGAGAGGCGCUGUGAUACAAUAUGUUUUUUAAAUCUGUUUUUUAAAGCUAAACUUGCGUUUUGCCUGAGUAACCUCUGGUGACAGAGCAUUCCACGAUGACAUGGCUCUAUACAUAACUGAGCGAAGCAUUAAAUCUGUUUUUGGUUUGGGUACAGUGAAGAAGCCCAUAGUGGCAUGUCUGGUGGGGUAUGCACAGUGCAUUCAGAAAGUAUUCAGACCCCUUAAACUUUUCCACAUUUUGUUACGUUACAGCCGUAUUCUAAAAUUGUUUUUUCCCUCAUAAAUCUACACACCAUACCCCAUAAUGACAAGGCAAAAACAGGUUUUUAGAAAUGUUAGCAAAUAAUUAAAAUAAAAUCACAUUUACAUAAGUAUUCAAACCAUUUACUCAGUACUUUGUUGAGGCGCCUUUGGCAGCGAUUACAGCCUUGAGUCUUCUUGGGUAUGAUGCUACAAGCUUGGCACACCUGUAUUUUGGGAGUUUCUCUCAUUCUUCUCUGCAGAUCCUCUCAAACUCUGUCAGUUUGGAUGGGUAGCGUCGCUGCACAGCUAUUUUCAGGUCUCUCCAGAGAUGUUAGAUCGGGUUGAAGUCCGGGCUCUGGCUGGGCAACUCAAGGACAUUCAGAGACUUGUCCCGAAGCCACUCAUGGAUUGUCUUGGCUGUGUACUUAGGGUUGCUGUCCUGUUGGAAGGUGAACCUUCGCCCCAGUCUGAGGUCCUGAGCACUCUGGAGCAGGUUUUCAUCAAGGAUCUCUCUGUACUUUGCUCCAUUAAUCUUUCCCUCGAUCCUGACUAGUCUCCCAGGCUCUGCCGCUGAAAAACAUCCCCAUAGCAUGAUGCUGCCACCACCAUGCUUCACCAUAGGGAUGGUGCCAGGUUUCCUCCAGACCUGACGCUUGGUAUUAAGACCAAAGAGUUCAAUCUUAGUAACAUCAGACCAGAGAAUCUUGUUUCUUGGCAAACUCCAAGCGGGAUGUCGUGCCUUUUACUGAGGAGUGGAUUCAGUCUGGCCACUCUACCAUAUAGGCCUGAUUUGGUGGAGUGCUGCAGAGAUGGUUGUCCUUCUGGAAGGUUCUCCCAUCUCCAUAGAGGAACUCUGGAGCUCUGUCCGAGUGACCAUCGGGUUCUUGGUCACCUCCCUGACCAAGGCCCUUCUCCCCCGAUUGCUCAGUUUGGCCGGGCGGCCAGCUGUAGGAAGUGUCUUGGUGGUUCCAAACGUCUUCCAUUUAAGAAUGAUGGAGGCCACUGUGUUCUUGGGGACCUUCAAUACUGCAGAAAUGUUUUGGUACCCAUCCCCAGAUCUGUGCCUCGACACAAUCCUGUUUCAGAGCUCUACGGACAAUUCCUUGACCUCAUGGCUUGGUUUUUGCUCUGACAUGCACUGUCAACUGUGGGAUAUUAUAUAGACAGGUGUGUGCCUUUCCAAAUCAUGUCCAAUCAAUUGAAUUUACCACAGGUGGACUCCAAUAAGCGUCAAUAGAUUGGUACUUAUAUUUUCCCAUUGACUGUGAUGUAUUGACGUAAGCGUCAACCUUGUGACACUCAUCUUUUACCAUUGAAUGCAAUGCAUUGACAUAAGCAUCAAUUGGUUGACGUUUCUCUUUUCAUCUUUUCUCAUUCACUGGAAUAUAUUGACAUAAGCUUCAACCCUGUGACACUCAUCUUUUCCCAUUGAUAAUGGGCUGACUAGGAAUAGUAACUACUCUCACUCUCCCCAGACAUUAAUGAGUGUUUGAAAGACACUCACAACUGUGUCACCGGGCAGAGUUGCAUCAACACAGAAGGCUCUUUUCGUUGUCAGCGUGACACCAACUGUGGUAAAGGUUAUGAACUCACUGACACCAACACCUGCCAAAUCGAGUGUUUUGCACUGCCUGGGAUGUAUGGAUGAUGGCCUCUCACUCAUCAGUCAAUGGUGCAUCCCUCUCACUAUUUAUCUUUACCCAUCAAUCACCCUGUUAAGUUUGGCUGUCUUCAAGAUAAUUCAUGCUCUGUCCUCUUUCUCCACCAGAUAUUGAUGAGUGUGCAUUUGGAUCCCACAACUGUGGCCUGGACUUUGCGUGUAGGAAUACGGCAGGGUCGUUCCGCUGUCACCCACGGGAGCAGUGUGGAGAUGGAUAUAUCCAGGACGCAGUGGGAAGCUGUAUCGGUGAGACACUUCCACUACCAAUACAAUCACACACAAUGUAUGAGAGUGGGUGACUGAAUCAGCAUGAGAGUGUGUUGUUAUCUACCCCACUACUGAUAAUCACACACCAUUGAUACAUAUGUGUCUCUCUCCUGUCUGCCAGAUAUCAAUGAGUGUGUGACCCAGUCCAGCCCGUGCCAGCCAGGUCAGACCUGUAUUAACACAGUGGGGUCGUACACCUGUAGAAGAUACUCUGUCAACUGUGGACGAGGAUAUCACCUCAGUGAGGAUGGUAGUCGCUGUGUGGGUAAGGUCCAUUGUUUAUUAAUGUAUUAUCGGGAAAAUGGCUGGGUAUUACACAUUGGUGGUGGAUUGGGUGAGAUCCCUCAUACAAUGUCAAGCUUUUUGAAAUCCAAUGACAGUUGCUAUAUACUGUAACUGCAAACCAUUACAUUUUAUAUUUUAGUCAUUUAGCAGACGCUCUUAUCCAGAGCGACUUACAGGAGCAAUUAGGGUUAAGUGCCUUGCUCAAGGGCACAUUUACGUCAUUUAGCAGACGCUCUUAUCCAGAACGACUCACAAAUUGGUGCAUUCACCCUAUAGCCAGUGGGAAAACCACUUUACAAUAUUUUUUUUUGGGGGGGGGGGGGGGGGGGGGGGGGGGGGGGGGGGUAGAAGGAUUACUUUAUCCUAUCCCAGGUAAUCCUUAAAGAGGUGGGGUUUCAAAUGUCUCCGGAACGUGGUGAGUGACUCCGCUGUCCUGGCGUCGUGAGGGAGCUUGUUCCACCAUUGGGGUGCCAGAGCAGCGAACAGUUUUGACUGGGCUGAGCGGGAACUAUGCUUCCGCAGAGGAAGGGGAGCCAGCAGGCCAGAGGUGGAUGAACGCAAUGCCCUCGUUUGGGUGUAGGGACUGAUCAGAGCCCGAAGGUACAGAGGUGCCGUUCCCCUCACUGCUCCAUAGGCAAGCACCAUGGUCUUGUAACGGAUGCGAGCUUCAACUGGAAGCCAGUGGAGUGUGCAGAGGAGGGGGGUGACGUGAGAGAACUUGGGAAGGUUGAACACCAGACGGGCUGCGGCAUUCUGGAUGAGUUGUAGGGGUUUAAUGGCACAGGUAGGGAGGCCAGCCAACAGCGAGUUGCAGUAGUCCAGACGGGAGAUGACAAGUGCCUGGAUUAGGACCUGUGCCGCUUCCUGUGUAAGGCAGGGUCGUACUCUCCGAAUGUUGUAGAGCAUGAACCUGCAGGAGCGGGUCACCGCCUUGAUGUUAGCGGAGAACGACAGGGUGUUGUCCAGGGUCACGCCAAGGCUCUUCGCACUCUGGGAGGAGGGCACAACGGAGUUGUCAACCGUGAUGGCGAGAUCAUGGAACGGGCAGUCCUUCCCCGGGAGGAAGAGCAGCUCCGUCUUGCCAGGGUUCAGCUUGAGGUGGUGAUCCGUCAUCCAUACUGAUAUGUCUGCCAGACAUGCAGAGAUGCGAUUCGCCACCUGGUUAUCAGAAGGGGGAAAGGAGAAGAUUAGUUGUGUAUCGUCAGCGUAGCAAUGAUAGGAGAGGCCAUGUGAGGAUAUGACAGAGCCAAGUGACUUGGUGUAUAGGGAGAAAAGGAGAGGGCCUAGAACUGAGCCCUGGGGGACACCAGUGGUGAGAGCACGUGGUGCGGAGACAGCUUCUCGCCACGCCACUUGGUAGGAGCGACCGGUCAGGUAGGACGCCAUCCAGGAGUGAGCCGCGCCGGAGAUGCCCAGCUCGGAGAGGGUGGAGAGGAGGAUCUGAUGGUUCACAGUAUCAAAGGCAGCAGACAGGUCUAGAAGGACAAGAGCAGAGGAGAGAGAGUUAGCUUUAGCAGUGCGGAGAGCCUCCGUGACACAGAGAAGAGCAGUCUCAGUUGAAUGACCAGUCCUGAAACCUGACUGGUUUGGAUCAAGAAGGUCAUUCUGAGAGAGAUAGCAAGAGAGUUGGCUAAAGACGGCACGCUCAAUAGUUUUGGAAAGAAAAGAAAGAAGGGAUACUGGUCUGUAGUUGUUGACAUCAGUGGGAUUGAGUGUUGGUUUUUUGAGAAGGGGAGCGACUCUCGCUCUCUUGAAGACGGAAGGGACAUGGCCAGCGGUCAAGGAUGAGUUGAUCAGCGAGGUGAGGUAGGGGAGAAGGUCACCGGAGAUGGUCUGGAGAAGAGAGGAGGGGAUGGGGUCAAGCGGGCAGGUUGUUGGGCGGCCUGCAGUCACAAGUCGCAGGAUUUUAUCUGUUAUUGUAUAAAUGUGUUUAGUCUCGCAUGUUUAUCAAAUUAAUCUUCUUGUUUACUCUCUCAACAGUCAAUGUAGCUCAGUUGGUAGAGCAUGGUGUUUGCAACGCCAGGGUUGUGGGUUCAAUUCCCAUGGGGGGCCAGUAUGAAAAAAUAUAAAUAAAUAAUGUAUGCACUCACUAACUGUAAGUCGCUCUGGAUAAGAGCGUCUGCUAAAUUACAAAUAUGUAAAAUGUUAACUCUCUUGCCCUCUAGAUGUGGAUGAGUGUCUGGUAGAAGGGGCAUGUCAGGGCCAUGGUUGUGUCAACCUGCUGGGUUCCUUCCUCUGCGAGUGCAGACCGGGCUUAAUCUUCAACAGCAUCAUCAGACUCUGCGAAGGUACAUCCCUCCCCUCUGAAGCAACACUGAAGGGGUCUCAAAAUAUGUGUCAAAUAAGACUAAAACUGUCAUCCCUCCUCUCUGAAUCAGCUGUUUCUUGCAGGCAGAUUCAGUAUUGUGAACUCAACUGAAGCCUCUUUUCACACAUCUGUUUUGUUAUUAUGUGUUAGACAUUAACGAGUGCAGGCAGUACUCAGGACGCCUCUGUGCCCACAAGUGUGAGAACACCCUGGGGUCCUACCAGUGUUCCUGUACCACAGGCUUCAAACUGGCCAGCGACGGCAGGAACUGUGAAGGUAAGAAGCUAUGACUCCACCAAAGAAGUUCAUUCUCUCUGAAUCCAUCUUUCAGUCUGCUUGGGGGUGCUCGGGUCAAAGGAAUUGAAGUACUGUAUGUGUGCUACUCCAACACUGCGGUGUGCUAUUAGUGCUGGGAGAGAAAAGCUGGAGUAUUUUUCACUUUUGUUCUAUUCAGCCCUUUUCAGGAAUUACAGCAAUUCACACUGAUACAAAUGACGUUUUAUAAAGUGUCAAACUCAGUUGACCUGUGACCUUUGACCUGUUCUAGAUGUGAAUGAGUGUGAGAUGAACCCCUGCAGUCAGGAGUGUGGUAAUGUUUAUGGCUCCUACCAGUGCUACUGUCGCCGUGGCUACCAGCUCAGUGACAUCGAUGGGAUCACUUGUGAAGGUAGGUAAAUUAAUGUGAAGGUAGGAGCAAAUAUUGGCAGUAUUGGAAGAAUUUACUAAGAUACCAGUCUAUAGGAUGUAAGUAUUUAAAGUAACUGGAUUUUUAGGACUGCAUGCUUUUAGGACAGCAAGCCUGGUAUUAGGCUGAGAUGGAGGGAAUGUCAUACCUUCCAACCUGCAUUCAGUUGCCUUCAUAUUCGAGGCAGCUACACUUUUUCAGUUGUUUGGGUACAAUCUCCUCUCUCUCUCUCAUCAUUAUCAGAUACUGAUGAGUGUGCCCUGCCAACUGGGGGUCACGUGUGUUCCUACCAUUGUUCCAACACCCCAGGCAGCUUCCGCUGUACCUGCCCUCCCAUGGGCUACACCCUCGCCCCGAACGGACGCACCUGCCAAGGUCAGGGAAAACAUUUCACCAUCCCUCCAUUCCUCCUCUCCUCCAUACCUCCCUUGUCCCUCAUUCUCCCUCACUCUUAGAAAAAAAGGGUUAUUCGGCUGUCUCCAUAGGAGAACCCUUUUUGGUUCCAUGUAGAACAAUCUGUGGAAAGAGUUCUAACUGGAACCAAAAAGGGUUAUUCCAAGGGUUCUCCUAUGGAGACAGACAAAUCAUGCUUUUAGGUUGUAGAUAAACACAUUCUUAGAAAACAAUGUGCUAUCUAAACAUUAUUGUUUAGAUAAACACAUCGGAAAUAAUGUAUUUUGUGUUUUUGUGAGUGUGUCCAUUAUGUAUGUGCAAAUGUGUUUAGAUGUCAUUUAAUACAGAUGCGCUUAGAUGUGCAUGACUGUGUAUGUGCAAUAUUGUAUGUGAAACACACUGAUAACAUUUUUAGUUCUCUCUCUGUUCAGAUAUUAACGAGUGUGUGGCCGGAUCCCACAGCUGCGCUGUGACAGAGAGCUGCUUCAACGUACAGGGAGGGUUCCGAUGUCUGUCCUUCGAGUGUCCACCCAACUUCCUCCGGGCAGCAGAGGGGUGAGAACUGGAACUGAACUGAGAACAGUGUUUACUUUCCUUUACUGUCUGGCCUUCUGUGUCUGUGUGAAAUUAGUACAUUUGGUUUUAUACGCUCGUUCUCUGAUCAAUUAUCAUUGCUCUUUUAUAACUCAUCGUUUUCUUAAGAGGUGGCUGUCAUCUGUUGAGAUACUGUAUGGUGGCAAUCUUAGGUGACAAUUUUGUCUGACCAGAAUUGUCACUUUUCACUUUGUGACAGUCACACAACUCAUAUUUUUAAUUUAAUCAUUUCUGACACUCUUUGCCCCUUGUGCCUCGUACCCCUCCCGAUUUUCCCUUCUCCUUCCAGCCGUUGCGAACGCGUAGCCUGCGAGUACAUACGGGACCCCUUGUGUUUAUCCCUUCCCUUAAGAAUCUCUUUCUACAACAUCACUUUCCCCACCAACAUCUCUGUGCCGGCCAAAGUCUUCCGCAUGGGGCCCUCCAACUCAGUCCCAGGGGACGACAUCCAGCUAGACAUCAUCGCCGGAGACCAAGGCAGCUUCUUCAGUGCCCAUAGACUGGCCCACAGCCGAGUGAUCUCACUGCAAAGUAUCGUGACGGAACCCCGGGACUUCUUGCUCACAGUGGAGAUGAGGCUCAUACGUUACGGGACUGUUCAUCUUUAUAUGGCUAAGAUUGCAGUGUUUAUCACCCACAAGCAGCCCAUCCCACCAAGACUACCAUUC